ACGUCACCGCGCAUGUUUUGAUGACGCGCCUCGCCGAGCCGGGGCCCAGUCCAGGAGCUGCGGGACCGCGGCCUCUCGUCAGCGCCGCCGCCGCCUCACGCAGCACUCUGGCCUCAUCGUCGGACUCGGAGCCCGGUGGAGCGUCUCCGCCGCCGCCUCACGGCCCUCCCCCUCCCAGGAAGAAGCAGCGACUGUCCGCCAGCGGCUCGGGGCCCGGUCCUCACCGCCGCCGGCGCCGCCUCCGCUCCGUCCUCCCGAGCAGCGCGGGCCCGCUCAGCGGCACCGCCGGCUCCAGCUCCAUGCAGCAGCAGCAGCAGCAGACACCGCCGGCUCAGGGCCUGCCCAGCACCAACGGCGCACAGCCCGGGCACCUCAGCGCCGCCAACGGCCAGCUCCCUCACAGCGGGCCCGGGCCCGGGCCCGGCCUGGGCCUCGGCCUGGGCCUGGGGCUCGGCCUCGGCCUGGACGCGGGCACACUCGGGCCGCACACCGAGAGCCAGCCGCCGGCCGGCAGCGGCCGGAAGAAGAAGAGGCUGUCGCGGGCGGACGAGGACGUGAUCCGGUUAAUCGGCCAGCACCUGCGGGGCCUGGGCUUCAACCAAACCGUCGAGCAGCUGAUGCAGGAGACGGGAUGCAGCCUGGAGCAUCCGUCCGCCACCAAGUUCCGCAACCACGUGACGGAGGGUGACUGGGAAAAGGCUGAAGCUGACCUCACUGAACUCAAGUCUUUGGUGCACUUGCCUCAGGCCAUUGUGCGCAUGAAGUUCCUGCUGCUGGAGCAGAAAUACCUGGAAUUCCUGGACGACGGGAAGGUGCUGGAGGCUCUGCAGGUGCUGCGCUUUGAGCUGACCCCGCUGAAGUACAACACAGACCGUAUCCACGCUCUGAGUGGGUACCUGAUGUGUAGUGACGCAGAAGAUCUCCGGGCGAAGGCAGAAUGGGAGGGAAAGGGCAGCUUGUCACGGACCAAGCUCCUCGAUAAACUUCACACGUACCUGCCGCCGUCGGUGAUGCUGCCUCCCCGGCGUCUGCAGACCCUGCUCAGACAAGCGGUGGAGCUCCAGAGGGACCGGUGCCUGUACCAUAACACCAAGGCUGACACCAACCUGGACUCCGUCUCCCUGCUGAUGGACCACGCCUGCAGCAGGAGGCAGUUUCCCUGUUACACCCGGCAGAUCCUCACCGAGCACUGCAACGAAGUGUGGUUCUGCAAAUUCUCCAACGACAGCACCAAGCUGGCGACGGGGUCAAAGGACAACGCGGUCAUCAUCUGGCAGGUCGACCCUGAAACCCAUCAGCUGAAGUUACUGAAGACGUUGGAAGGUCACACGUACGGAGUUUCCUAUCUGGUUUGGAGUCCGGAUGACACUUACCUCAUCGCCUGUGGUCCCGAUGACUGCUCCGAGCUCUGGCUCUGGCAUGUACAGACAGGGGAGCUGAGGACCAAGAUGAGCCAGUCCCAUGAAGACAGCCUGACGUGUGCAGCGUGGAACCCAGACGGGAAGCGAUUCGUAACGGGAGGACAACGCGGCCAGUUUUACCAGUGUGACCUGGACGGUAACGUGCUGGACUCAUGGGAGGGAGUACGGGUGCAGUGCCUGUGGUGCCUGAACGAUGGCAAAACCAUUCUCGCCUCUGAUACCCACCAGCGGAUACGCGGCUACAACUUCGAGGAGCUGACCGACCGCAACAUAGUCCAAGAGGACCAUCCCGUCAUGUCUUUCACGGUUUCCAGAAACGGACGGUUAGCCUUGCUCAACGUCGCCACACAGGGGGUUCAUCUCUGGGACUUACAGGACCGGGUCUUACUGCAGAAAUACCAGGGCGUCACCCAGGGUUUCUAUACCAUUCACUCGUGUCUCGGCGGCAUGAGUGAGGAUUUCAUCGCCAGCGGGAGUGAAGACCACAAAGUCUACAUCUGGCACAGGAAGAGUGAGCUGCCGGUGGCUGAGCUCAUGGGCCACACCCGCACCGUGAACUGUGUCAGCUGGAACCCACAGAUCCCCUCCAUGCUAGCCAGUGCCUCCGACGAUGGCACCGUUCGGAUAUGGGGGCCAGCCCCCAGCCUGGACGGCGAUGAUCCGGAAGGAUGUAGCAGCAACAGCCCCGCUGACAGCUGACAGCUCACAUCGGGCACAGGUUGACCCUCCCUCCCUCCCUCCCCCCUCCUCUGUCGCUGUGUGCCCCGCCCGGGAUUCCGCUGGCAGCACCCACUGGGCGCGGGCCCCACCACCUGACGGAUGGAGAAAAGGCAGCGGGUGGUCGUGGUUCGUUCUCGUCUUCCCUUCCCGCACCACCCCCCCCCCCCCCCCCCCACACCCUUUCCUUCGCUCCCCUCCCCACCCCACCCACCCCUCGAGUGCCCAGGAGCAGCCCCAGUGCAUGUGGUUGGGGGAGGGAGGGAUCGACAGGCACCAGUGGCACUGCAUGGCUAUUCAUUCAGCUCGUUGCCCCCCCCCCAAGGGCAGUAUGAGACACCCCUGUUUCCUGUUCGGCGUGUGUGUGUGUACGUGGGGCUGGGGCUGGGAGGGGGUGAGGGGGCAGAGUCCAACUGACGGCUUCGUGCUUGUAAAAUACCGCCCUGCCCCGUUCCGAGACCGUUCAGUCACGGCCAACCUCCCCCCUCCCCGAAAGAAACAGAGUGGGAUUGUCUGAGGACAGUCUCUGGGGUUCCUCCUGCCCCUCUCUCCUCCCCCCACCCUCCAGCUGCCUGCUUGGAUCAGGGGAGUUCUCCAGGAGCUGCCUCUCCCUCUCUCCGCGCCCCCCCCCCCCCCCCCCCACAGUGACGGUGAUGGGGUGGAAGGUUAUCUGAGGGUUAUGGGAUGUGAGCACAGUGUUGGGCGCAGAGAGGGAUGGCACGUCCCCCGUCCUCUCUCCCCCAAUGGUGGGUGACCCAGACAAGGGUGCUUUGGUAUUUUGGUGGUGGCGGGGUGUGGGGUGUGUCUCCAAGGCAGACUCUGCCCCCAACUCCCCAAGACCUGCAAUCCCGGCUGGUGUGGGAGGCGCAGUUCAGGCUCUCUCGGGGAACCCUUUCGCCAUCUCUCCUUCACCGCCCCCCACCCACCCCCGGCUUCUCCCCCUCAGCCCAGCCCCUCUUCUGGGACGGGCAACGUGGUGAUUGCCUCCCCCCCCCCCCCCCACUUCAGGCAGCCUUUUGGCAUUCUUUCUCCCCCCACCCAGCUGAAUCAGGGCCUGCUCCCACCCCACCGCCAUCUCCCCAGGCUGUUCCCACUCGAGGACCCCACUGCCAGCCUCGGAGGGCAGACCCGGGAUCCUCGGAGGAUCACUUGGAAGUUGCUCCUGCCUUGUUUCCAGGUGGGGUUGUGUUCCCCAUAUCCUGAAGGCUAGGGCCCACUCGCACACAGAGAGGGGGGGAGGUGGGGCUGCUUGUUCAGGAAAUCCGCCAUUACGUUGUGACCGCACACUCCAGACUGGCAGCAUUGAUGUUGGCGAUUCUCACUGAGGGGUGACCUCUUCCCCACUUGACCUUUUGCGGGUCAGCUAGAGAGAGAGAGACUGGCAAAGCAAGUGAGACCCUGGAGAUGGUGGUCAGAACAGGAUCCGUCUUUGCCAAGCAGAAGAGCCAGUGGGGAGGGGGGGGGGGAUGCGCAGAGAAUGGAGGUGUUGCUGGAAUGCCCUUGAAAGUUGCAGAGUGCUUCCUCUGACUGGUCUCUGUGUCUCUCUCUGUCUCUGUCUGUGUCUCUCUGUCUCUGUCUGUGUCUCUCUGUCUCUGUCUGUGUCUCUCUGUCUCUGUCUCUCUCUGUCUGUGUGUGUGUCUCUCUCUCUCUCUCUCUCUGUGUGUGUGUGUCUCUCUGUCUGUGUGUCUCUCUCUCUCUCUCUCUCUCUGUCUGUCUGUCUCUCUCUGUCUGUCUGUCUCUCUCUGUGUCUCUCUCUGUGUGUCUCUCUGUGUGUCUCUCUCUCUCUGUGUGUCUCUCUCUCUCUGUGUGUCUCUCUCUCUCUGUGUGUCUCUCUCUCUGUGUCUCAGUGGGAAGGGAGCACACUGAAUUUGGUGGUGGGGAGGGGUGCGCAGUAACCCGGCUGCACACCAGACCCUGGUGCAGUCAUAGCAGGAAGCUGAGAGCGUUGUGGGAGGGGCAGGGGGCAGAGGACUGAGUGUGAAUGUGAGGUUGGGAUAGAGACUGCAGGCUCUGGGUGCUAAAGUAAUUCAGGGGUUGGGGGGGGUGGUGCAGUGAGCACGGAGAUCUAGUGAUGUCUAUACAAAGUAAUUUUAUGUGUUUAUAUAUUAAAAAAAGAUUGUUAUGCGUUUAAGAACUAUUGUGUGUUAGACUGUUUGGAGCUAAAGGAUUUCAUACAUUUUAAAGUGUUAAUGCAGUGAAAACAUUUAGAUGGACAGCAAAGUGGGUGAAUGGAAGGAGCUGGCGGGUUGGUGAGGGGUGAAUCCACGCCAUGUCCUUCCAGUCCCUGGGGGGAUUCAGUGACCCCUUGGGCAGUUCCUGGGUCAGUGUGUCACCUCCUUCCCCUCCCCUCCCCUCCCGAUAACCAGCAAAGGGUAGGGUGGGGUGGUGGGGAAUGACCAUUCUGUAUCCUCACCCCACCCCCCGACCCUCCAACCCCCCUUUGCACCCUUUUCAGGUGAUCGCUACCCAGCCAGUGGUCUGUCCACACAUCCGUAACUAUAUAUUGUAAUAAAGGCACCAUUUCAACCGA